AUGUCUUAUCUUCCCUGCCAAAUUCUCCAAAACACCCCGGUGGUUUGCUGCUCUGAUGGGUCUAGUAGCCAGGGAUUAAUUAACCAGUCUCAUGUCGGUCGUCCUUCGAGGCAUCGGGGUUAGUUCCGUCAGCUGAUGCUCCAAUAACGAGAACCAAUACUAUGGUACUGCUUGACCGACGAUCGACAUCCCAAGCAGUCGACACUAGUGUCCGAGAUUCCACACUUCAGGCGGUCCUUUUCCCCUGACAAUCAGCGCGAACCCACCGACCGGAGUUCUCAUCCAUGUGCGCGCGUGGGCACUUUUUGAACCUUGAGAACUGUGCUCGCGCUCGGAAAAGAUCCAACCGUUUACAGACACCACUUAACCCUCAUCCCCGACAUAAAUGGACGAAUCUUCGAACCCCAAGGGCCUGGCCCGCCUGUGUGUCACAAGACGGUCUCUGGGCGUUUGUCUACUAUUGAUUGUGGUCGUCCUAUGGACGACGUCGAAUUUUCUGGCUAGUACUAUCUUUGCGGAUGACACGUAUUCGAAACCUUUCUUCGUUACCUAUGUCGAUACGUCGAUGUUUAUUCUCCCGUUUUCUGUGAUCAUUUUCCGAAGACUCUGGGGGCUGUGGCGUGCCGGAAAACUCAAUCGCAUCAACUCUUUCUCGAGCUUUAUCGACCUCAUCGACUCCCAAGACCCGUCGUCCAGUGGCGAGACACAGAGCAUCAUCAGCCAUGGCGAUGGCGACCGGGACCGGGACCCUGAGAUGUUGGACGUGGGGAUGAUGGACCCCGCCUCCAAGGAGGGAGAGUCUUCCAAACUGGGAGUGCGGGAGACGGCGAGGUUGAGUCUCCAGUUCUGUAUUCUAUGGUUCCUUGCCAACUACUUUGCGCUGGCUUGUCUGCAAUACACUACCGUCGGCAGCACGACGAUUCUCACGUCCACCAGUGGCGUCUGGACCCUCAUCUUCGGGGCCAUGAUCAGAGUCGAAAAGUUCACCCUCCGCAAACUCGCCGGUGUCAUCGCCUCGCUGAUCGGAAUCGUCCUGAUCUCGCGCGUCGAUCUAUCCGGACCGUCGACCCCCUCCGCAGGCGAUGGCAAUGACGGCAAAUUCCCGACGAAGAGCACGGGCGAGAUCGCCCUGGGAGACGCCAUGGCCGGCUUCAGCGCCAUCAUGUACGGCAUCUACACGGUUGUCCUCAAGAAGCAGGUCGACGACGAGUCUCGCGUCAACAUGCCCAUCUUCUUCGGUCUGGUCGGGAUCUUCAACAUCGCCUUUCUCUGGCCGGGGUUCAUCAUUCUGCAUCUUAUCGGUCUCGAAGAGUUUGCUCUUCCCCCGACGGCAAAUAUCACCAUGAUUAUCAUUUUCAACUCCCUCGCAGCCCUCGCCUCAGACAUCUGCUGGGCAUACGCAAUGCUCCUCACCACCCCGCUAGUCGUAACCGUCGGCCUCAGUCUGACCAUCCCCCUCUCCCUCGUCGGGCAGAUCGUGCUCCAAGGCCAGUACGCCAGCGCGGUUUACUGGGUCGGAGCGGGCAUCGUGUUCCUCUCGUUCCUGGUCGUAAACCACGAGAGCAAGACAACCGCCGAAGAGACCUCCGCUGCGCCUAGCGAUUCCACCACCGACCAACGAUACGACGCCGUGCCGGCUCACGAAGACGAUCAGUAAUUUAGACUUCUCUGUUUAUAUUUUACCCCUUUUAUUACUACCUUUAUUAUGAUCAUCAGCAUCAUGUUUUUACUUAUUUUUGGUUGGGAUUUCGCUCUGUGUUGGGGAUAGAUGGAUGACGGACGGUCGGAAAGCAAGCGAUGGGUAUAGUAUACGUUCUGCGAUCUGCAUACUCUUUCUUCCUUGCCUUGUUUUUGCUGUGUACAUUGCCUCUAUACAUAAACUUAUAUAUGUAUAUACAUAUGGAUGAUUGAUCCCAGGGGAUUGGUCAACAUUCAUGUUUAUCUUUAUCUUCAUUUGCAUUAUUUCUUGUCUUGCCCCCC